AUGGAGACCCUGAGAGAAGCUCAACUCUGCAUUCCACAUCUUAACUCCUCCUGCAGGAAGCCUACACAUCCACACACUGAGGUCAUGAUGAUCUCUGUUCUGCUGUCUUUCGUCUCUCUGCUCACUGUCGCUCUUAACCUGCUGGUCAUCAUCUCCAUCUCCCACUUCAGGAAGCUCCACAGCCCCACCAACCUCCUCAUCCUCUCUCUAGCCAUCGCAGACCUCCUCGUGGGCCUCCUGCUGAUGCCCGUUGAAAUAAUCUACAUAGAUGCCUGCUGGUUUCUCGGUGACAUUCUGUGCACGCUGUAUUAUUUUGUAGACUACAUUAUCACAUCUGCAUCGGUAGCCAAUAUGGUGCUCAUAUCAGUUGACCGCUAUAUCGCUAUUUGUGACCCGCUGCAUUACCCGACCAAAGUCACUAAGAGAAGAGUACAAAACUGUGUUUGUUUGUGUUGGAUUUGGUCAGUUAUCUACAGGAUUUUACUUCUACAUGAUCACCUGUAUAAACCGGGCAGGUCUAACUCCUGUUUAGGGGAGUGUGUGGUUGUCAUUAAUUAUAUUGCAGGAGUUGUUGACCUCAUUGUCACUUUUACUAUACCCAUUCUGGUCAUCAUAGUUCUGUACAUGAGAGUGUUUGUGGUGGCUGUGUCUCAAGCUCGAGCCAUGCGAUCUCAUAUUGCUUCAACAGUCCAACGAUCGAGGAGUGUAACUGUGAAAAAAACAGAGAUGAAAGCAGCUAGAACUCUUGGUUUUGUUAUCCUUGUCUUUCUAUUUUGUUUCUGUCCAUACUAUUUCCCCACGAUGGCAGGCGAAGAAACUUCAGUUGAUGCUUCUUCUGCUGCAUUUGAGAUUUGGCUGACACAUUUUAACUCCUGUUUGAACCCCGUCAUCUACGCCUUUUGCUACCCCUGGUUCAGAAAAUCCAUCAAGCUCAUCCUGACAUUUCAGAUUCUGAAGCCUGGCUCCUGUGAUGCUAACAUACUCUGA